CACAGCCAGCAUCCCUCCACAUAAGUUUGCUGCCAAAGCUUGCACUUUCCCAGUAACCUAUGGAGACGUCAAAUUGAAUAUACCAUAAAAAACUUCAAUAGCAGCUUCAAUAUCGAUAUAUCAAGCUUCCGGUAUGGCUAGCUGGGGGCUGCUUGAUGAGCGAAGCGAGUCAGACCUUCACAAGUCACGGCUGCUCAACGUUGAAGAAAAGCCAUUCAAGCGCAUUACGAAACGCCUAACAUCGAUAUCCUCCGCAAUUAACGGCCUAUCUACCGCAACAAGUUCCAAUGAUCAAGCUGCAAGCAACUCAACUCGCGAGCUUCAAGAAGACCUCACGUUCGACUUCGCAGCAUUUGACAGCAAUAUAGCACGACUCCAAUUUCUUCAUGACGCGAAUGAACGAGAACGCCAACGAUACGAAACAGAUAAGAAGCGCAUUUUAGAAGAAUGUCAGACGGUGCGUGAUAAGAACGCGGACCUGCGUGAGCACUUGGACGGAGCACUGGCGACACUUUCUCAAAGGAAGAAAUUCGACGAACUUGCUGAAAAAAUUACGUUAAAUCGAUUGCUGCGACCACGUGAAGACCAGUUACUCAGCUUAGCGAAGUUGGAAGAAGAAUGCAAAGAGCUGGAAAGAGAGAGCGAAACCUACAGUGUUACAUGGCGCGAGCGUCGCGAACAGUUCAACAGAAUCAUGGAAGAAGGCAUGAUGCUGCGCCGCCAAAUUCGAGACGAAAAAGAAGAAGUCGACCGCAGAGAGGGAAUGAACGAGGACGCUGAUGAGGAUGGUGAGCCGGACCGUGCAGCGCCAACACCAAGAAACGAGCAAAGCGGCGGUGCAACUCCACGACCUGAUUCAGAUAAACCGGACGAUUCAAAGGAUAACGAAGAUGGUGAACCAGAUCGCUUGAGCGUCCCAAGUGCUUCUAGAUCAAGAAAUAAUAGCCACGCAGGCAGCAGAGAAGCUUCUCCUGCAGGCCUUAAGAAUGGCGACAACGAUGAGGACGAAUCAGAUGAGGGAGAAGCUGAUGAAGAACAGGAGGCUGAUGACGUUGAAAUGACGGAUGAAGUUACGACACAUCCUGCUACUGAGAAGAUGGAAGUCGAUGAAUAGGUGAUUACUAGGCUCCCGCGUGCGUAUUUAGUGUGGCGUCCUCGGGUUUAUUUCUUGUACAAUAGCAAAUAGAAUUUUAA